AUGCCGACCUUUUCCAAGAUCGGCAGUAGUCCUGUAGAGGAGAAAUUUUUACCACCAGCCGCCGAUUCAUCAGUACCAGAUAUCACGGUGAAGCCAGUUCAGUUGGAUGUCGGUCGACAACUACCAAAUAUACCUGUACCCCCACAAAACAAUAUUGCCGACUACCUAUCAAAGCGAGCGUUGGCAAAUAAUUCACACGAAGAGGAAGAAAAUCCUUUUGACUCCCAAUUUGGAGGUGGUCCGGUGAAAUCGAAUCUACCUGCCAAAACUCCUGGUGGUACCUUACUACCUUCCAUUCAAGCUUUACAAUCAGCAUCUUCACCUGGUUUUGGCUUGAGUGGAUUAAGGUCUGGCCCACUGAGUCCUAAUAUGCUCACUGGUCCUAAAGAACCUGCCGAAGAUUACUUCUCCGGAGAUCAUAAUUUGAUUGGUGAUGGUCCAAGAGGUUACACUCCCGUCACAUCUGAUUUGAGGGGUAUGCAUUCAAGGGUGUUACCAACUCCAAGCCCUGGUGGAUAUAGUUUUGGAGCUGGAGCUGUUCAAACACCUGGAUUGGCUGAAUUUCAACGAACGGCUAUUCAAGCUGCGAGUCUUGCUGCCCAACAACAGAGAGAUAUGAAUGUUACUUCACAACCUCAACAACACAACGAAGAUAAUCAUAAUGUCAUGAGUAAUUAUCCUGACAAUGAUUCUUUGAAUGCAGCCGCAAGUCUUCAAUUGUUGACUCAAACUUCCGCCUCAUCUCGCGACUCUUCACCACACCACAAUCUCGCAUUGGGUCAAUCGAGGCAACCGCCAUUCUCUGCACAACAACAUAUCUUGAAUCGCAAUCACCAAAUGUUGAAUCAAAAUAUGCAACCUGUUCAAACUAAUGGUCAAGUACCUGGUCGACCAAACAAUCAUUCUUUGACCAAUGGUCAUUCUGGAACGAGAAACAAUUCCAUUCACUCAAAUUCAAUGAGCCCUACAAGUAAUGGUAAUGGUCUCCCUUAUGAUAAUGAUAUGAAUGGUCAAGGUGGUCAAGGAAAGAAGAGAGCAGCCACCAAAAGGAAAGCAAGCACCAACAAAACUCCACCAAAGAACAACAAGAGGACCAAAUCUCAAAAGGGUAGUGAUGAUUCGAAACCAGAAGAAUUCACCAAUGAAGAUCUAGAUAACAUGGAUGACCAACUUGAGUUUGAAGAGGAAGAGAAUAAUAAUAACAACAACAAUGGUAAACCAAAGAAACCAGAAACUGAAGAUGAAAAGCGAAAAAGUUUCCUUGAACGAAACAGGGUUGCUGCUCUUAAAUGUAGACAGCGUAAGAAGCAAUGGUUGAACAACUUACAGAGUAAAGUCGAUUCGUACACCAACGAAAAUGAGACUCUUCAUCAAAAAGUUCAACAAAUGGCUCAUGAAAUUAUGCAACUCAAAACCAUGCUUUUCGCUCACAAGGAUACUCCUAUUGGUAUUCAACAAGGAAUCGCACAAUAUGUCGUUCCUCCUCUCUACGAUGAUAUGCCACCAAUGCAUCAAUCACAAAAUCCAUAUGGUUUAGGUUCAAUGCCUCCAUCUCAAAAUCCUAACAUGUAA